AAGAACAGCACGUACUUCAACUGCACCUUGACAUGCAAGUCGUUCUAGGCAGCAGGGGCGGCACUGGCGCCGCAUUCAGGGACACGACUGUCCCGAUGCCUGCCAUGCGCUUCCGAUUGAACUCGAAUGCAGCUCCACGCAUCAUCGCUGUUUCGACGGCGAGCAUGGGUGACAAAAACGUCAAACCCAAUCUCGCCAAACUCAACUUCACAGUUCCAAUUCCCCAGAGAAGGUGGUCAUUGCAAAUUCCUACGUCGGCGCUCGAAAUCGCCAACGUGGGGCUGCUGAAUGGAGCUCCCAUCGAUACAGCUGCUUCUUGCCAGUCUCAUCUUCCGCUUGAGAUGACGGGGAAAGUGGAGUCAAUCCCGGAAGCACCGAACCAUAUCUUUGAACAGGCUUCAUGGCGUCCGCAAGCCUCAAUCAGCUCUGUAUUUCCUCUCCCAGCAGCAAAACCAUCCAUUUCUCAACCGACCACGAACCAUCCCAUCAAACCCGAGCCUGUUAUGGUGGUUCGGACUGGUGCAAGCAACAAGCGGUCGUUGCAGCUCGACCUCGACAUGCAACAGCAGUCGCGCCGACGGAAAUCGUCUAUGGAUGAAGACCGAAGCUAUGUUCCUCGCCCACCUAUACCCCGCGAUAUGGUGAUCAGGGUACUCUUCAGUGGUCCACUGCGAAGCCUAUCGGCGAGUCAGUGCACACUGUCGCCAUGCGCUGACGUUCCAACUUAUCAAUCCCUGACGGAAUUCCCAUUCCUUGACAUUCAAUACCACGUUCGACACUUGACAACAUGCCUUGCUGGCCCGCACGACAGUACAAACACAUCUCGGUCGGACGGUCAUGGCCCUGUCACGCCAAUAUUCGACUUACCCCGUGUGCAUUUCACGUGUGAUCUCGCCACGCCAGCCGUCCUGCGACGUCCAACUUCUGCACAGACCAACUUGGUGCACUUCUUCGGCUAUGGUUCAGCGAAAGACGGCCUGUUUCUCGAGGGAAAGGAUGCGACAGCGACACCGCUGGCGUGGAUCGACGUCGCGGCAGCAUUUAAAGCGCCCAACACCCCCAGCCUGGUCGUAAUCUCAUCCGUUCCCAAUGACGGAUUCGGAUCGAAACUUGCGUCCGUCUGUGGCGUUCCCUAUGUCGUUUGGGUCAAUGUAACCCUCCCACGAGCCCAUCACACGUUUUUGGGCUCCUUUUACUCGCGGCUACAGCGCGGCGAAUCCAUCCUUGCCAGCUUUCAUGGCGCAAAGGCCACCAUCUCACCCACGGCUUGUGUACUCUUUACAGCGCAACCAUCGGCAUGCAUGAAAGGUGACCACAACCCAAACGAAGACUCGUCCAUGGUGCUCUUCCCGCCACCAGUCGGGCAUCGUCCUAUCGGUUUCCUAAAUGCGACUCGUCCAGCUGGGAGUCGUCCGCACGUGUCGUUUCCAGUCUUGGCAUCCUUCACCGGGUUUCCCCGUCUUGCUCACCAAUUUGGCGAACGUUCACAGGACGUGUAUCACAUCUGCGCGGACGUGUCGAACCAGAACGUACGGCUAAUAGUCGUUUAUGGCCCUCGUGGCAUCGGCAAGACAGCGCUCGUUUGUGCCGUCGCGCAGCAUCUGCAUGUGCGCCACCAAGUUCACGCAGUGUAUGUCCCGCUUGCCCCACCAAACCACAGCACUAGCAGCACCAAUCUUCAUCAAAAGCUUGAACGGGCCAUUCAACACACCUCUCGAUCCUUGCCAUGCUUGAUCGUGCUCGACAACAUCGACAUGUCAUCCGACGCGGCCGCACUGCCGACGCUGUGGUCAACCCUCGCGGGAAUGUGCGCGUCGUACCCGCAUGUCAAGUUUCUCGUGACGCAGGCAACCGCCCCGCCGGCGAGCGUUCCACAAUGGCCAAGGGGAGUGGCGACGUGGAAGGUGCACCCGCUGUCGAUGCUCGCGAGUGCACGCUUCGUCACAACGCUCAAGAACAUGUCCCUCGACAAUAUAGGCGAUAUCGCUUUGGAUGAUGUCGAUCUCGUCCGGGCCAAGGGCAUUCCAGCUAAGUUAGUUGCGUUGUAAUAGCAACUCAACACGAAGUCAAGUCCUGGCACUCUUUGGAUGGGUGG